AUGGUCUCCAUUGAAGACCUGCUGUGUGUCCUGUCGACCGAUGAGGAGCAGAGAAGACAGCAACAGGAAGUCCAUUGGGCAACCACUGUUAAGUCUUCUCGCCCUCUGCUAAAAUGUUUGGUCUAUUUUUCACAGCCUAGACAGCCGCAGAAGGUCAAAGUGGAAGGCCUCUUGGACACGGGAGCGGACAUUACCAUCAUAGCCUCUAAGGACUGGCCGCACGGAUGGCCUGCGGAGACAGCCUUUGUCCAAGUCAGCGGCGUGGGGGGAACUCAAUUUCCAGUCAGGAGUGGGGUCACUGAAGUGCCGCAGCUCCCCAGACUGAGCUGGAAGACCGAAACGCCAGUCUGGGUUGAUCAGUGGCCCCUACCGAGAAAAAAGCUGCAAACCCUAAAUGACUUAGUAAAUCAGGAAUUGGCAAAAGGACACCUGGAGCCUUCCACCAGUCCCUGGAACACUCCAGUGUUUGUCAUUCAAAAAUCCUCAGGUUCCUGGAGAUUUCUCCAGGACCUGCGCAAAGUUAAUAAAGUCCUGGAACCAAUGGGAGCCCUCCAGCAGGGAAUGCCGUCACCAUCCAUGCUCCCUGCUGAAUGGCCCCUAGUGGCGAUUGAUAUUAAGGACUGCUUUUUUCAUAUCUAUCUUAAUCCGGCUGAUUCGGUCCGAUUUGCAUUCUCAGUCCCUGCAAUCAAUGCUUGUGAACCUCACCGCAGGUUCCAGUGGCGUGUGCUUCCCCAGGGGAUGAAAAAUUCCCCAACACUCUGCCAGAUGUUUGUAGCAGAAGUGUUGAGGCCAAUUCGGCAAAAAUAUCCGCAGUCAAUCAUCUUCCAUUACAUGGAUGAUGUGUUGAUCUGCGCCAAAUCUCAAUUAGCAGUUGACAAGACUCUAAAUUCAACUAUUAUGGCUCUAAAAGAAAAAGGAUUGGAAAUAUCCCCUGAAAAAGUACAAAGGGAAGCACCUUGGAGGUAUUUAGGACUCCAAAUUACAAGAAGGGCCAUAAGGCCCCAAGCGAUAGAAAUUGACAAACGAGUCCGCACGUUGAAUGACCUCCAAAAACUACUGGGUGCGAUCAAUUGGAUUCGACCUGUGCUGGGGAUCACAACCGGUGAUUUGCACCCUCUCUUUGAGCUGCUAAAAGGAGAUGCUGACCUGUCCUCACCCCGUUUUUUAACACCACAAGCAGACAUCGCCUUAUCUACUGUUGAAAAGAAAAUCAUGCAACGACAAUCGCACAGGAAGGUGGAGGGACUGCCUACCUCCCUUAUCAUUAUUAGAGAGCAGAAACAACCGUUAGCUCUUUUAGGUCAAUUUUCAAAUGACGGCAAAGACUUCUGUUUGUGGGAGUGGGUGUUCCUCCCGCACCAAUUCGGUAAGACGAUCACCACCGUCGCAGAAAUGAUUGGCAAAGUAAUCUUUAAAGGGCGCACUAGGUGCUUAGAGCUCAGUGGUGAAGAACCAAAUUUUAUCUAUCUCCCACUGACCUCUGAACACCUAGAGCAACUGCCGCAAACCUCCAUUGAUUUUCAAAUUGCCAUCGGAGGCUACCCGGGAGAAAUUCGGCUCAACCUCCCGGCGUGCCCUUUUAUUCAAAGAUUAAUUCCAAUUCCACUAAAAUUAAAAAUUGUACAAUCAGAUUUACCGAUAAAAGGUGCAAAAACGUUUUUUACCGAUGGCUCAGGCAGAACCGGAAAUGCGGUCAUAAUUUGGCAACAAAAUGGUAAUUGGCAACAAGAUAUUCAUAAAGUACAAGGUUCUCCCCAAAUCGUGGAGCUUUCCGCAGUUGUACGCACUUUCGAAAUUUUCAGUGGUGAGCCAAUUAAUUUAGUCACAGAUUCGGCAUAUGUAUGUGGUGUGGUCAAACGGAUUGAAAAUUCAUAUCUAAAAGAAGUAACAAAUCAGAACUUGUUUAAACUGCUAACCAAAUUGUUGUUUCUUAUUCAAAGCAGAGAAUUCGGAUUUUUCGUUGUCCACACCAGGUCACACACUACCCUACCAGGUCCUGUGGCGGAGGGAAACCGACUUGCCGACCAUCUGGCAGGUAUGGCUGUCACUCCCAAUUUAUUCCAACAGGCGAAGAUCUCUCACGAGUUCUUCCAUCAGAAUGCUCGAUCGUUGCAAAAACAAUUCGGCCUUAAAUUAUCACAGGCAAGAGAAAUUUUAAAGACUUGCCCUGAUUGUCAAGUUAUCACGCCGGUCGCACCGGAGGGGACCAACCCAAGGGGACUCUCGGCGUUAGAAAUUUGGCAAUCAGAUGUUACGCACGUACCAGAAUUUGGCAAGUUGAAGUACGUGCAUGUGUCUAUUGACACGUAUUCAAAAAUGAUAGUAGCCACCGCGCAUUCUGGUGAAAAGAGCCGUGAUGUAAAGAGACACUUUUUGUCUGCAUUCGCGAGGAUGGGUGUCCCAAAACAGGUAAAAACAGACAACGGACCCUCCUAUGUGUCUGCAGACACAAAGUGGUUCUUCGAACAAUGGGGAGUGCACCAUACCACCGGAAUCCCUCACAAUCCCACAGGACAGGGUAUCGUAGAGCGUGCCCACCAAAACAUAAAAAAUUUGCUUAAAAAACAAAAGAGGGGGAGUAUUGGCCUGUCCCCCCAAGAACGAUUGGAUAAAAUUAUGUAUGUUUUAAAUUUUUUGAAUAUGCUGGAGGAAUCAGAAACUCACAUAAACAGAAGUCCAGCAGACCGUCAUUUUAGAUCGAAUAUAACCACAUCAAACCCAGAGAAGGCUAAAGUCAUGUUUAAAGAUCCGUUAACAGAAACCUGGACGGGCCCUUUCCCCUUGAUCACCUGGGGGAAGGGCUACGCCUGUAUUUCAGGAUCUGAAGGACCAAAGUGGGUCCCCGCACGCAGGAUAAAGAUCUUCCAAGCGUGA